GGUCUAAUCGAUCUGUUUGUCCAAUCAACCAAUCUGAAUGGCUGUAGCUAGUGCUGUCGGCGGGAGUUCAUCAGCUGCUGCCCCUCUAUCUGGUGGGGUUAGAAAGUCGGCAAAAUCGAAGAAAACACAGUCAAUUCAUCCUCCAUAUGGAGAUAUGAUAAAGAAAGCCUUGAAAGAGCUUAAGGAACGCGGUGGUUCAAGCCGCCAAGCCAUUGCUAAAUAUAUAAAGGCCAAUUACAAAGUUGAUGAUCGUGCUGAAAGUCAUCUACGUCGUGCAUUAGUUACUGGUGUUAAGUCGGGCAAGCUUGUUCACACUAAAGGAAUCGGUGCUUCUGGUUCAUUUAAACUUGCGGAUAAAGCUGUCACGCCGAAGAAAUCCUCACGUCCUAAAACUUCGAAGCCGAAAUCCACUCCAAAGAAAAAAACCAGCGAGAAGCCAAAAGUUGUCAAACGAAAAUCAACUGGCAAUCCAUCUAGUAAACCAGUAGCAUCAAAGCCUAAAACAGUCAAACGAAAAUCAGCUGCUAAACCAAAGAAGGCGAAAUCACCUCGUAAACCAAAAACAGUGAAGCCUAAGAAGCCAGUGGCAAAGAAGACUUCAAAGAAAGUUGCCAAGAAGUGAAUGUGGUGUAUCUAUAUGCGUGUAGUUGAUUUUUAUUGCUGUUGUACUACUACUCGCUUGUACAUGUAUGCGUUUUUCAUACUGGUCCCAUGUACAUAGACCUUCUUUACUGACUACUACUAUUAAUACUGUCAUGCGCGACUUUUGAUUUUUCAGAUUGUAUUCAUUGUUAUUUAAUUUUUUUUUAAAAGUUGACACCGGUCAGUAAUGAAAUCGCAAAUUGUGAAAGCAUUUACUUAAUCUUUUUUUCCAAAAUUCGACAACUCGAAAGACUACCAAUAAUUUGAUACUCCUCCAUGAGGUGGUCAUUUCGAAUUCGACGACGAUCCUUGUUGCAGUUGAAUUCUAUUCAUUAGUUCUAUAUGUGAAUUUGUUGCUUAGCUAAACUAAACCAAGAGAAUAAAGGAACUACUGUGACUAUCUGGAGUAACUCAGCGAUGAUAAUGAAGUUUUCCACCUACAAUAAUAACAAAUAUUCCACUACUUACUCGGUUACCGUGUUUACCUCACGAUUGAUGGAUCCACCCAAAAUGCACAUUCUCAGACUGUCAAUCGGAACAUCAGAUCAGAAUUGCACACGAAAAAGUCCAGUCGUUUUUCGUCAUUUUUCAGAUGUGUAGACGGAGCAGUUUCAAACAACCUUUUUGACUUAUUGAUUUUGUGAAACACUUUUGGACAUCAGCAAAUGGAAUUCACCAAAUAUGGUGUAGAAAACCGUCAGCAACUUAAUAAUAUGACAAUGAUAAUGAUGGCCGGUGUCAGUAUUAUGGUAAUACGCAAAUGGAAUUCUUAUCACAUCAGAUGUUUAACCUCCUUUAUAAACUAAUAUUAGUUAAUUAUUUAUUUUUAUUUUUACAAAGAAAUGUUUGAUGUAUAUGUUGUUAUUUUAGAAAUAGCUAUUAAACUAUGUCCUUAGUUG